UCAAGUCCCGGCAACGGAAUUUAUAUUUUUUUGUUUUUUAAAGCGGCGACGUUUUGAACGACGUUUUCAAAAUCGUUAUUUGCCAGUCGUCGAGAUUAGGGUUUUCGUUUUUCAUAACUUUGGCUUGUAGCCAUGAAUGUUGAAGAUGGCCUCCCUGUGCCUCCUCGUGGCAUUGAGUCUUUCGAGUCUAACCGAAAUGGAGAUGCGCUCUCCCCUGAAGAUAUAGCUUGGGCCGAUUCUUGCCUGAUUAAAGAUCCUGAAAUUUCUGAUGGUGAUUGGAAUACUUUAAAGGAUGUGCUAUUGGAAAUUAUCAGUUCUCAACCUGAAUCAUUCGACUCUUUUGUUCUUAGAAGUGACAGUUUCCCUGGAGUAACUGACAUGGAGAUCCUUCCAUCCAAUGAAGAGGCAGAAAAUGCCAAGUUUCUGAGAGCAACUGAUCUUGAUAAUGUUGUUCCAUACAAUGAAGUAGCAGAAGUAACCGGUUAUGGUCUUAGAAAUGAAGGAAGUAGCAUUUCACUGUCACAAAAUUUAGAGGAAAACCCCUCUGAAGAAACUCUGAGAUCUGCUUUUCUUCCUACAUAUAAGGAAGCCCAGAUUGCCAGCGAAGCCACUGCUUCAGGAUUUGACUUGGGUCUUUCAGCUUAUGAGUUGGAGCCAUCAACAGAGGAUAUAUUCAAGGUCUGGGAACUGGAGAUCCCAGAUGAGGAAGAUAAGCUUGUCGAACAGUUGAAAAAGGCCCUUUCUAGAGGUGCCUCACCAUCGCCACCAUCAUUCGAUGAUUCAGGGGCAUGGAAGGAUUUACAAGUAGAAUCCAUAGAUGAUCUAGUUGCUGGCAUUGCAGACCUGUCUUUGAAUCAACUUUCCAGUUAGAUGAAAAUAAAUUUGUUUGCAUUAUUAUCGGUGAUACUGAAUUUGGUUUCAGUGGGCUAGUCUUGUGACUCUAUUCACAUUUUUGCAUCUUAAUUUUUGCUGAAUUUGAAGGGUGAAAAGAAAGUUGGAGGGCAUAUUAUGGUUACCAUUA